AUGCCUGUGGGCCGCUCCGGGGAGAUUGCCUUCUGUCGGCGCUGUGGAGGUUUCUAUGUUGUGCCUGGGCUCUCUGUGCUAGAGGCUUGUUUUGAACUCUCUGGAAGAUCAAAGUGCAUGCAAAGAGCGCCACUGUUGGAGCCAGCCCCGCGAGGAUUGACGAUGAACGACCGUGAGGGUCAUCGCCUAGAUGGGCUUGCGUGGAAGCGAGAAUCCCUAGACGGCGACCUGCGAGCAGCAGGCCGACGCAGGGAAGCCUAUGGGUCUCAGCCGCAGUAUCCAAUGGGCAUGGCUCGUGCGGGGGAUAUGAAUAUAAACAGCAGCAGCAGCAGCAACAGCGGCGCGAACAUCAGCAGCAGCAGCAACGGCUUCCGCAGGUUCGCUCCUGCAGCUCACGCCUCCAGUGCUGAUGUGGACAGAGGCUUCGGAGCGUUGCGUUCUGGAUCUGCGCAGAAGCCCACGGGCUGGUCUUCUAGCCAGAGCGUUUCUUACCCGGUAGCUUCUGCUGCUUCUGCUGCUGCUGCUGGCGGAGGCACUGCAGCAGCAGCGAUGCAGCAGCAACGCAAAGGCCACAGCGCUGCCCCUGCAGCGUGCCCGGCGGCUCGAGGCAGCUUCUCAGGCAUCCGACGGCAGCCCCAAGCAGCGGAAGCAGCAGCACCAGCAGCAGCAGCAGCGGCAGGGCAGCAGUACCGCGGUCGCGUCUCAGCAAAGGGCCCCACGAGCCCUGUGCAUGCAGAACCCACCAGUCGGCAGCCCAGCAGCCCCGGAGACGCAUGCAACGGCUUUGCUGCGCUGCGACGGGACAACAGCAGCAGCAAAGCCAGCCAGGACACUCCGGGGGGCCCCGAGGACCCCGCCGGGCCCCGAAGGGAGGGCGUGGGGGCCCCUGCGGGGGCCCCCACGACCCCUCGGGGGACCCCCGGGGGGGCCCCGGGGAACUCGCCUGGGACAGCUUCUGGAAGCUCUCCUGCGGGGGCCCCUGAGGGGCCCCCAGCCCUCGUUUGGAAGCCUCGGCGGGCUCUGACUCGGGAGGAGGAGCUUCGUCGCAGUGUGAAGUCUUUGUUGAACAAACUGACAAUUGAAAAGUUUAGUGUUAUUUCGGAAAAGAUUGCAAACAUUCUCGAGGGCUCUUUGGAAAACAACGAAGAAGUGAGGCUCAUUGUGGACGCCAUGAUCGACAAAGCCGUCACCGAGCCCGACUGGUCAGAAAUGUAUGCAGACCUCUGCCAGCUGCUGCAGUGGCGCAGCGUGGCGCCCUACGGUGACCCCGAGACGAUCAGGAAGACUGCGUUCAUGUUGAGCCUUUUGACGAGAAUUCAGGAGGAGUUCGAGGCGAUGCCAUCUGUGUUGCAGCCGCGGGUUUGCGGAAGCGCGGAGGAGCAGCAGCAAGAAGAGGCUCGCCUGAAGCGGCGCGUUUUGGGCGUGGUGAAGUUAAUAGGAGAAUUAUUUCACCGGAAGCUGCUGGGCUUCAAAGUGGUCAACGAUGUUGUUGUGGAACUGGUGAUGCGCAGCGAGCAGCCAGACGAACACCUCGUCGAGUGUUUCUUGCAGCUGAUCGCGACUGUCGGUUAUUUCAUUGAUCAAAACCCUAAGCUGAAGGUUGUGCUGGACAGUUGGUUUGGGCGUUUGCGGGAACUGCAAAGCAAAAGCUGCUACUCCAAGAGGAUCAAAUGCGUUAUUCAGGACACUAUUGAUAUGCGGCGGGCGGAAUGGCGCAAAAAAAUUCAUAAGGAAAGAGCGAAGGCCUUGGACGCAUUGCAUGACCAACUUGAGACAGAAGAAGUGCUGGGCGGAGCUGUGCACGCGGCGCAAUAUGGAAAUAUAAUUGUAGUGGGGGAGAGGACUAAUUUGAACGGCCAGUAUUUGGAUUAUUUGAAGGAUCAGGAAAACAAAUACCAAGAAAGGGUGAAAAACCGAUUGGCCGCAGCUGCGGCGCGCGGCAGCGCAACAAUGAACAAAUAG